AUCAGCUGAUUUAGUAGCUUCUUCCAUCCCUGGUUUUGAUUGCUUCAGGACAAGCAGAGGACUAGAAGAGAGAGUGAUAGUUCGUGAGAGAGUUCGAGAAAAAAAGACAGUACAUUUCCUUGAAGAGAGCGGAAGGAGAUCAUCGAUCAAUAACUCACGAUGUGCAUGGACAAAUCGGCCGUGCCGGCGAAGAAGAUCUGGCUCGCCAUCGCCGCACGUCUCGGCCUCCGCCCAACAGCCGGACUGGGGAACCUGAGGAAGGAGGUGAGGACGUGCGAGUACCGCGACGUGCACGUCAUGUGGGAGAUGCUCAGGGAGAUGGGCUCCCCGGCGGCGCCCCUGGAGGAGAAGGAGGCCGCCGCCGCCGCGGCCGUCGCGGCUGCCGCUGGCGCCAGGAAGAAGAAGGCGGCGUGGAGGCGGUUCGUCUACUACUGCUGCGCGUUCUGAUUUCCAGGAACUGACGAACGCAGAAUCUGGACAGCUGGGACGGCGUCGUCGGCUGAGUUGCAGCAGAGAGGCCAUUUGUAGAUAGAAACAGCAUUGGCCCUCUCACAGGUUGUGGAAAACUGGAAAUAGGCAGACACGAAAAUAAGUGCAUAGGUGGAUCGUCGACAUGUGCAAACAUAGGAUGCAGAUGAUGAGGAUGUGAAUUCAGAGCGCGGUGACCUUGGUCCGGCGGCGUCCAUGCUAGCCUAUGUUGGCGCGGCGACGCUUCCACCGUAUUCAACUUCCUCGUCAAUGUGGUGGAAAUCCUAGGACUAGCUCGCUUUUCUAGGUAGCCGCAGCAGCGCCAUGAUGGCGCACUCCUUGUAGAUGUUGCCAUGGUGUUUAGUGUUGUGUGGUUCAUGAGAUGAGCUGGUGGGGUGAUGUCGGACUCCUAGGGCAUCAGUUUCUUCAGAGGGCGCAAUGUACCACAUGUGGUACCACGGAGGUCAACCCUUCACUAAGGUCCGGUCCAUCCUAGUGUCUCCCACUUGUCGGGAAUGGGUCCUCUCUUUGCCCUAUAUUUGUUGGAGGCGCGAGAUCGUCAAAGCGGUCAUGUGGUAGUGGUGGGUCUUAGAUGCUAUGUCGUUGGUGGCCGGCCAUUGAAGCUAGGUGCUCCAUAUCCUUGCAGUAUGGCUGGAUGUUGGUAUGAAGGGGCUUGUGCAGGGUUGGUUGUGUUGUGCUGCGCUUUCA